GUUGGGCUCGGACCGUGGCUCACGAAGAAAAAAGAAAAACACACACCGUUUGUAGCGCACAAGGUUGACGCACUGUAGGUAAGGAGAGAAAAAACAGCAAGCGAAGCAACCGAGCGGAGAAAGAAAGGAGAAGGAUGUCUGAAUCCAAGUACAGAGAGUGGAUCCUGGACACUAUCGACUCGCUACGGUCGCGAAAAGCCCGACCGGACUUGGAGAGGAUUUGCCGAAUGGUCCGGAGACGACACGGGUCCGAGCCCGACCGAACCUGCGCAGAACUGGAGAAACUGAUCCAGGAGCAAACGGUGCUCAAAGUUAACUACAAGGGCUCCAUUUCGUACCGAAACGCCGCCAAGGUUCAGAGGAGGAGCAGAAAGAAAGACGAUGUAACGUUAGCGACGGCCGUGAGAAGAAACGCAGUGGAAGAAGCCAGUCACUCGGACUUGAGCAACGGGGACAGCGCGGUGGGUCCUGCAGACCAGGACGAGGAGGAUUUGGAGGCGGACACCUCUAUGGCUAUGGACACAGACAGUAAUGCAGAUGAGGAGGGGGCCGACGAGAGCCGGGAUGGGCAGGACGGACCCUCUCCUGUCCGCCCGUUUGAAGAUGCGGCCGUGCACUGUGCCUCUGAGCGAGCCGUCUCUGCUCCCUGCUCUCCCUCUGGCACCCGGCCUGGCCCCGGCCCUGGCCGCGUCCCUAGCUCGGGUACCGACUGUGUCUCUCUCCAAAGGGCUGGUGCGAGGCCCAGCUCCUUGCCCCCCUCCAGCCCCAGGGCCCUCGCACACAAUGACUGGGCUUAUAGUUCUGCUGCCUGCCCAGUGGAGCGCCAGCACCCAGGAAUGCAGAGAGACAAAGCAGCAGUCACGAAGCCAGCAGUCCACUCCGUAACCCUCGGCCCAUGUGCUUUAAAGAACAAUGUGAAGAAGGAGGAUGAAGGCAAGGUGGAGGAUAAUGGCCUUUUGCCUGACCAGUUGGUACCAGACUAUGCAGUACGACUGGAGGAGAGCAGGAAUGUAUCGGAUGGAAGACCACAGACACUGUCUUCGCCAUCUGACAACUGUACAUUUAAGAAGAAGAUAGAUAUAUCAUCCUUCACAGCAGCUGAAGACUGUCUUCUGAAUGGUGGCAAAAAUGAUGACAUGAUCUCUGUGAAGAAAGAGAAAAUGAGCCAGAACUUGUUGCAGUGGACUGUGGCAGAUGUGGCCAGUUAUUUUUCAGCUGCAGGCUUUCCAGAGCAGGCUGUUGCGUUUCGAACACAGGAAAUUGAUGGAAAGUCCCUUCUUCUAAUGCAGCGCAGUGAUGUAUUGACCGGUUUGUCCAUCCGACUCGGCCCUGCCCUCAAAAUCUACGAGCGCCAUGUAAAGGUGCUGCAGAGGACCCACUUCCUGGAAUAUGAAGACCUCUGAGAUGGUGAUGCAUCAUUCGCACUCACAUGACGGACAGAUAACGCUGCGUUGACCCAAGCGUGCAUGCAGUGCCCUCUUCCAUCCGGAUCCUGCCACCCACCUUCAUAUAUAAUAUAUGUAGAAGGUGUGUGGAGGGGGGGAAAGGCUGCGGUGGAAUUAACUUUCACUGUGAGAAUGACCAGUAACUAAAAGACAUUCAUCCUACCUCUCAUUAUGGUCUUUGGUUUUCAUUUCACCCGCGUACAAUUGCACUGUCAAGGGAAUGGAAAGCUACGUUCAGAGUAUGUUUUAAAACCGGAGGAGCAUUGACCUUUUUGCAGGAGUUAAAGCUGGAUAACGCGGCAGGUGAAGAGGACUUGCACAAAGUGGACCAACUAUGGGAAGAUGCACCCAUAGAGAAAUGACUGCACAAUGCUGUGGCCAAAGUGUUGUCACAGUUUAGGGCCCAUAAGAACUUUCUGAGGCUCUGCAAUUUCUCACUUUAUCCUCCUCGUAUCUAUUAUGGUACCUUCUGUUAGUCCAGAAACCGUUCGUAAGUCACACAGAUAAACAUAAAGCGCAUCUGUUGUGCUUUUUCUCAUCUGAUGAGUUGGAAUAAAUGUCAUCUAAGUGCUGGGGAAGUCAGACUAUCUACAUAUCUGCAGCAAAAGUCGACAGUCUGAUGCCACCAAUUGCUGCUGUUGUUGGAGUGUGCCAGUAUAACCAGUAUGAUAUACUACUACCUGCUGGCAAGGCAAUAUGUUGUGUUUUUUUCCUUGUUAUGUCUUAUUUAGAAAUGACGACUGUGGUCCAACUUAAUACAGUUGAAUUUUGGGGAACAAUCGCAGACAGACGUGACCAGGAUGUGUGCAGUCUGAUGGAAUUUGCUUUCAUACAUAAGCAAAAAUAAAGUAAUAAUAUUUGGUGAAAUGUUAUUGUAAUACUGAACAUGUUGUUUUAAAUUUAAUACAGCUGCUCAGUGCCUGUUUAUGGAGCAGAUAUCUUGAUCAAAUGCAAUAUUUUACAUUAUCAUCCAUUUAUAAUUUGUCGUGUCUCUUUGUGUAAAAUUAUAAGCCAGCCACUUGAAUUGUAACAUUCCAUAUGAUGUAGUCUACAUCUCCAAUGUAUCUCCUCCCCUUUUUAUCUGUAACGGUGACACUGAGUCACAAAUAAAGCUCAUGUCUCUCUGUUCAGUCACUUGUUUUUUGAUGCAGUUUAUUACUGUUAUCAACAGUUCAUUUAAAAACACAUGUUUCUGUGGGUCAUCCAUCACUUUGAGAGGGUGUGAGGGCUGGUGAUGGUGCUUUUAAGUCUCAAUCAAAUAUUGUACAAACUUCCACUCCAGAUAAAUGUACAUAGAUUGUAGCCUGAGUUUUUUUUUUAAAUAAAACCAAAGUCACUUAUUUAAUCUGAAGGUUCAGUUGAUGCAGCAGUCUGAAAUGCACAUUCAGUGAAAAUGGAAUAGCAGAGAAUUGAAUUGUCUGAUUGUUUUUUUACAAUGACCUGUAUCCAAUGUAGUGAAGCACCACCUUGGCAAGUUUGUUUUGUAGCUGCACAAAUCUUCAGAUUAGUACAAAAAUACAGUAAUAGAGCAGA